AUGAAACUUCAGAAAUAUGCUGAUUAUGUAGAUACCUAUGGUGGACGUGAUAGAAUCAUGAGAAUUUUGUACUAUUCCUCUCAGUUAGUUGGAGGUCUUACUACAUCAGAUAAAUUAGCCCAGAAAUUAGACAUAUUAAGUGACCAGAUAAAUUCUUGUAGGACAGUAAUGAGGCUUUUUGAUGAUGCGCCAAUGCUUUGCUACACUUUGUCCUAUGGCCUUGGAAAAGAGGAUCCAGAUAGAUUAAUGAGAUUUUGUGGGUUGGCUGUUAACUUACUUGAUCAAGUGUAUUAUCCACUAGAGCAUGUUGCCUGGGCGGCUGAUUGUAAACUAUUAAAAAUAAAGAGCGAUCCAUGGUGGACUGCUAGUACUAUUUGUUGGGCUUUAUCAAUGUACUUUAUGAUAUUUAAGUCUCUUAGAUAUUUUAUGCUUCUGAGGAAUCUAAAAAGUUUGGUGAAACCUAGCCAUCUGAAUUCAGGCGAGACGGUUUUCCGCCGGCUGAGGCAGGCCCAGUUAUCCGAACUUCUCACCGCUACCAGGUGUUCUUUAGACCUCAUUCAUGCUGUCCAUUGGCUUCCAACAGGCUUCCUCUGGGCAGGCAAGCUCCGCCAAUGGCAUAUUGGCCUUUUAGGAGUUGCAUCCUCUCUCAUCAGCAUCUAUCAGUCAGCAUGA